GGGCGCGGGAGAAGGCGGGCGGGCCGGACAGGGACCGGCCAGGACCGGCCGGGCCCCCGGAGGAGGGAGGCAGGACCAGGCCGGCCCGAUGCCCGGAGCCCCUCGGGGCGGCCCCUGAGCGCGGGCGCCCGGCGGUGCCCGCCCUGCCCGGCUGGCACCAUAGCCCCGACGGCGCGGCCGGGCGGCCGGGCGCUCCCCAGGCUCCGCGCCGGGAGGAAGUGGCUGCUGGCGGCCGCCGCGGGGGUGGUGAUGCUGCUGGUCCUCGUCGUGCUCAUCCCCGUGCUGGUGAGCUCCGCCGGCCCCGACGGCCACUAUGAGAUGCUGGGCACCUGCCGCAUGGUCUGCGACCCCUACCCGGCCCGGGGCCCCGGCGCCGCGGCCGCCCGCCCCGUCGGGGACCCCCUGAGCGAGGCCCCCCCGCCCUCCACCCUGGUGCAGGGCCCGCAGGGCAAGCCCGGCCGCGCCGGCAAGCCGGGCCCCCCGGGCCCCCCCGGAGACCCCGGCCCGCCCGGCCCGGCCGGUCCCCCCGGCCCGAGGGGCGAGCCCGGGAAGCCCGGCCCCCCCGGCCUGCCGGGGCCCGGGGGCAACGGGGCCAUCAGCACGGCCACCUACACCACCGUGCCCCGGGCCGCCUUCUACGCGGGCCUGAAGAACCCGCACGAGGGCUACGAGGUGCUCAAGUUCGACGACGUGGUCACCAACCUCGGGAACAACUACGAUGCGGCCACCGGGAAGUUCACCUGCAACAUCCCGGGCACCUACUACUUCACCUACCACGUCCUGAUGCGCGGGGGCGACGGGACCAGCAUGUGGGCAGACCUCUGCAAGAACGGGCAGGUGCGGGCCAGCGCCAUCGCCCAGGACGCGGACCAGAACUACGACUACGCGAGCAACAGCGUCAUCCUGCACCUGGACGCGGGGGACGAGGUCUUCAUCAAGCUGGACGGCGGCAAGGCCCACGGCGGCAACAGCAACAAGUACAGCACCUUCUCCGGCUUCAUCAUCUACUCCGACUGAGCCCCCCCGCCCC